AUGAGGUUCUACCUGACAACAAAAAAGGUGGAGAGGGAAGUGAAGUGGAAAUAUCAGACAAAAUGGAGGACUUACACAAGUGAAGUAGAAGUGAAGUUGCUCCUCCCAAAUGGACGGUUUGAGAAGGCCCAUGAUGUUGGUGGAGUGGAACUUGCACCUGCCAUCUUGCAGCAAGCAAUAAAAGGAUCUGUAAAAAGUGAUCUGAUUGAGAACUUUUUGAAGUAUGUCUCAGAAAAUGAGUGUGCUGUGUUAGAAAGCUGCAGAACAGACUUCUGUAGUGCAGACCAGGAGGAAUUGCUUGAGAUCUUAGACAACUACAGUUGUCGGAGAAUUCCAACAGAAGAAAACUUCAAGCAAAUUUUGCAAGAACUGGCACACAAAACUCUCAUUCAAGAGCCUGCUUAUGUUCUUGAACAGUGGGCAGGUAUACUUGGACCUCUGAGCAAGGACCUUGAGGAAACUGAAGAUGUGUACUGUUCGUUACAACCAACGGUGAUGAAAAUUGUGCGAUCUCUCAAAUUUCCUGAAACAAUGAAUAUACACCGAAAGGACAUUUCAAAGCACUUGACAACUUACUUGAGGGAGUGUGAUGCAAAACGACAGUCUCUGUUUCUUAGAUUCUGUACAGGAUCAGAUUUGUUUAUAGGCAAAGCUAUAACAGUUGAUUUCACAGAUCUUAAAGGGUUUGAGAGAAGACCGGUAGCACACACCUGUGGCUGUUUCCUGAGGCUUUCAGUGCACUAUGACAACUACCCAGAUUUCAGAUCUGAAAUGAACAAAAUUCUUGAAAGCAAUGUCUGGGUCAUGGACAUAGUUUAGUGGUACAUCAAUUAGAUAUUGGCAGAUAUGAGUUAUGGCCAGCUCAUAUGCUAGCUAUUUGUCUUGGGUCAUUCUUCAUACACUUACAAUUAUUUUACACGUGUAUAGAAAGUAAAACAUUCACUUUAAUUUGUUCACUUAGUUAUUGCUGGUUAUGUUGAACAACCUUUUUUAUGACUUUCAAUAGUGAAAGCGCUCUUCAUUGUUUAGGUACAAACUACUGUUUACAUUAAAU